AUGGACUCCGACAACGACCAAGACGCUGUGCUCCCGCCGCCAACCAUCAGGAAUGCAUUCUCGGACGACACAAUUCGUAUAAUGCUCGCGACAGACAAUCACAUUGGUUACCUCGAGAGGGACCCAAUUCGGGGACAGGACUCGAUCAACACUUUCCGCGAAAUCCUUAAGCUUGCAGUGAAACAUGAUGUUGACUUCAUUCUUUUGGCUGGUGAUCUAUUUCACGAAAACAGGCCAACAAGAGAUUGCCUCUAUCAGACCAUGGCACUCCUAAGGGAGUAUACCUUGGGCGACCGACCCAUCCAGAUCGAACUUCUUAGCGAUCCAAACGAUGGUAAGGCGUCCGGAUUCUCGUUUCCUGCAGUAAACUACGAGGACCCUAACUUUAACAUCGCUAUUCCUGUCUUUUCUAUUCACGGCAACCACGACGACCCUCAGGGAGCUGGUCCCGAAGGAGCUCUCUGUGCCCUUGACAUGCUGUCCGUCAGCGGGUUGAUAAACUACAUGGGGAAGAUUGAUCUCCCUCUCAAUGAUUCUGAUGCACAAGACAAUGGGAUCGCAAUCCGUCCAGUUCUCCUGCGCAAAGGCAAUACGCGCCUCGGUAUGUACGGCGUUGGAAAUGUCAAGGAUCAACGCAUGCACUUUGAGCUGCGCAGCAAUCGCGUGCGCAUGUUCAUGCCCCGUGAUAAGGAUGACUGGUUCAAUAUUCUGCUGCUGCAUCAAAACCGGCAAUCUGUCCCUGAAGGGAUGUUUGAUGACAGCGUCGACUUAGUUGUUUGGGGCCACGAACACGACUGCCGCAUAGUGCCAGAAUCCGUAGCUGGAAAGAAGUACUUCAUUUCGCAGCCUGGAUCAUCUGUGGCUACUUCCCUCGCCGAUGGUGAAUCAAUAGAGAAGCAUGUGGCACUUUUGAAGAUCCAGGGCAAGGAGUUCGAGUUGACGCCGAUUCCACUACGGACGGUGCGCCCAUUCGUGCUCGACGAAGUGGUCCUUAGCGAAAUAGCGGAAGAGGAGAACAUAGACCUUAGCGAUCGGAUGGAAAUUACCAAAUUUUUGAAAGCGAGGGUGAAUGAGUUGAUUGAGAAAGCCAAUGUACUCUGGGAUGAGCGGAACGCACGGGCUGUUGAGGAUGGAGAAGUAGAAUUGCCUCGCAUGCUACCUAUUGUUCGUCUCAAGGUGGAUACUACGGGUGUUAGCGAGAUGUCGAAUCCGGUUCGUUUUGGCCAAGAAUUCCAAGGGCGUCUUGCGAACCCCCGCGACGUGCUUGUCUUUCAUCGGGCCAAGGCAACGGCGCGCCGCGGCGCAAAGGUGGUGGUUGACCAGCCAGAACUAAGCAUUGAUGACCCGGAUCUCACAGUUGCGGAGAAACUGUCCAAAGUGCGAGUGCAGACUCUCGUGAGAGAGUAUCUUGCGGCACAGGAACUGCAGUUGCUUGGUGAGACAGGAAUGUCAGAUGCGAUUGAGACCUUCGUGGAUAAAGAUGAUAUUCAUGCCAUUCAGACUCAUGUAAGCCAGGCGUUGAAGUCGCUCAUGAAAGGCGUACAAUCCAAUGGCGAUGAGAUUGAGGAGGAUGAUCUUGACGAUAUUGUGGAGAAGGUAAGGGAAAGACACAACCAAGAGUAUAUCGAGAAGAGGCAGGACGGAAGAUCUUCUAAGUCAAAGGGCAAGACCAAAGCUAAGGGUGACGAAUCGGAUGCAUCUGCGGAUUCAAUGUUGAUGGACAUUGACGGGGCUGGGUCCGACUUUGAAGAGCCAGAGUCUGACGAACAACCUAAGAAAAAGACAAGGGCUGCACCCAAACGAGCUGCCCCUGCCAAGAGAGCACCUGCGAAGGGACGAGGCAAAAAGAAAGUGGCUGAGUCUGACGAUGAGGAUAAAAUCGAGGACGACGACGACAUUGAAGAGGAGGCACCUAAGCCGAAAAGAACAAAUCGGGCUGCUGUCCUCAGUCAAACCACAUCAAAGAAGGCGCCUGCCAAAAAGGCAGCUAGCGGAAAACAGGCGACAUUGAGUUUUGCACCAUCAGGUCGAACGUCGACGAGAGCGGCUGCUUCGCGGGCUGCUCGCAAAGUAGCGGAGGUGGUGGAGUUAGACAGCGACUGA